ACAGCACAGCCCUUCGUCCCUCGACGCCACAACAAUUGGAGAGGCAGCGCCGCCGCCGGGCGUCAAACUGCGUCGUCUCUGCCCGUCGCCGCGCCGCAGCCGUCGCCGUGCUCCGCCCAAAAGGGGUGCUUGAUCUGCCGCCGGCGACCCAGGGCGGCCGCCCCUGCUUGCCCCAGUGGUGGACCUGCCACUGGCCGCGACAGUGGGGCUGGUGCGUUGCUGGGGUUAGGGUUUGAGGAAACCCUAGCCGGCUCCGGCGCGCGAUGGCGUACCGGCCGUACCCGCCGGCCCCGGGUCAGGGGCCCUUCCCGCCGCAGGGCCCGCCCAUCAACCCGUACGGGCAGCCGCCGCCGCCGCAGCAGCAGGCGGGGUACGGCCACAUGCCGCCGCCGCCGUUCCACGCGCCGCCGCCCCCGCCCCCGCCCGGACCGCCCCCUCCGCACCAGCCUCAGUACAACUUUGGGCACGCGCCCCCGCAGCACCAGCAACAGCAGCGGCCGCCGCCGCCGCACCAGAUGUAUUACCAGCCCCCACCGCCGCAGUACGGCGGGAGCAGCAAUCAAGCGGCCCCUCCACCACCGCCAGUUGCUCCUCCCCCUUCGGCACCGCCGCCGCCGCCUCCGGCCCAGCCCCAGCCGACCCCACGGGAGGCUCCGCCGCAGCCAAAGGAGCGGCAGGCCAAGGCGGCGCUGCCGAGGGUGGAGACGGAGGACGAGCGGCGAUCGAGGAAGAAGCGCGAGUACGAGAAGCAGAAGCUGGAUGACCGGAAGCAGCAGCAGAUGAUGCGCCAGUCGCAGGCCACCAUUCUGCAGAAGACACAGAAGGUGCGCGCAGCGGCGCAACAGCAGCAGCAGCCACAGCCGCAGAGCCGCCAUCCCCAGCCAUCAGGUGGGACUCGGGUGGCGACAACCGCGCCUCGCCCAGCCUCCGCGGCCAACACCGAGAGGUUUGAGAAUCGGCUCAAGAAGCCGACAACAUUCCUCUGCAAGCACAAGUUUAGGAAUGAACUGCCAGACCCAAGUGCUCAAUUGAAAUGGCUGCCUCUGAAUAAGGACAAGGACAGAUAUACCAAAUACAGGGUCACGUCAUUGGAGAAAAACUAUAUGCCUAAAAUGAUUGUCCCUGAGGAUCUCGGGAUACCUCUUGACCUACUUGAUAUGAGUGUAUACAACCCUCCCUCUGUUCAGCGGCCCCUGGCUCCAGAAGAUCAAGAGCUGCUGCGUGAUGAUGAGGUUCUCACCCCUGUUAAACCAGAAGGCAUAAGGAAAAAGGAGAGGCCAACCGACAAAGGCAUGUCUUGGCUUGUCAAAACACAGUACAUUUCUCCACUUACUACUGAUGCAGCCAAAAUGUCGAUCACUGAAAAGCAAGCAAAAGAAAGGCGAGAAUCAAGGGAGGGUCGUGAUAAUGUCCUCGAAAAUCUUAAUGAUAGACAGAAGCGGAUCAAAGCCAUUGCGGAAUCCUUCAAAGCAGCUAAAUCACGCCCUGUCCACCAGACUAAACGAGGGAUGGAGCCAGAGUUUGUUCUGCCUUUGGUACCCGAUUUUGAUAGGUAUAACGAUCCAUUUGUUAUGGUGAAUUUUGAUGGAGAUCCUACAGCUGAUUCAGAGCAGUAUACCAAGCUAGAGAGAUCUGUACGUGAUGAAUGCGAAUCCCAGGCUCUGAUGAAAAGUUUUCAAGUCAGUGGUUCAGACCCUGCAAAACAAGAGAGAUUUUUGGCAUACAUGGCUCCAGCACCCCAUGAGCUUGUCAAGGACUUUGAUGAUGAAAACGAAGACUUCCAGUACUCCUGGAUUCGGGAAUAUCACUGGGAAGUAAGGGGGGAUGACAAGCAAGAUCCAACAACAUACCUUGUCUCAUUUGAUGACGAUGAUGCAAAAUAUUUGCCUCUUCCUACCAAGCUAGUAUUGCAGAAGAAGAAAGCUAAAGAGGGGAGAACUGGGGAUGAAAUCGAGCAUUUCCCAGUGCCUUCUAGAAUUAAUGUGAGCAGGACAGCACAUGGUGAUGAGAUGGAGCAUGGAGAAUCAUCCAGCAUGCAUGGAAAUUUGAAGCGACAAAGAUCUUCUGUUGAUGAUGAUCUUGAUGAGCAUCCGAGGCAUUCUCGUGUAGAAGAUAUGGACCAGUAUAGUGAAGAAUAUUCUGAAUGAUCAAUGGAUAUGGAAGGAUCAUCAUUUUCUUGCACCGUCGGAUUCAUCAGCACAUAUGAAUCUCUGAAGAUCUCAUAUGCAUUUGCUCUGAUGCCUCCGUAACUAGUAAUAGGGUGUAGGGUUGAUGAAAGAACAUGCUUGAGUGCAUUCGGGCAAUAGCAGAUUUUGAAGUGCAGAGUGGGCAAAGCAAGGCAGAGUGCAACUGGACCUAAGACUGGUCUCAGAGCUGAGGGUAGAAGGUCUCAUCAUGAUUGUAAAAAAAAGAAGGCUCUGUAGUAUGCUGUUUUGAUGAUAUAUGCAACUGUUUUUACCAUUUGAUUUGUGUAAGUAGAACAAUUUAUUUUGUCAGGAUUCUAGACAGUUGCGCCAUCGCAGUUUUCAUUUCUGGUGGAAAUUAUGAUCGACACAUCGAAGGUCGUGUAUUUGUGCUACCAGGAAUGUUAAGGCGCGCUUACUGA